AUCGCAUAUAAAAACGUUCUCCCUCCAUCCACAGCGUAUGCUAUCUUCAGCAUAACCCUUCCACAACCCAACCAUCGCCAUGAAGUUCACUCUUGCCUCUACCAUAGCCCUGGCCACUGCUGCCUUGGCCAUCCCUACCGCUGAGCUCGAGUCCAACCUCGAGAAGCGCAACCCCACCGGCGCCUUCAGCCUGUAUGCCUGGGGCGUCACCAGCACAGCCAUGAAGCUUUUCUACUCCGAUGGCCUUGCCUACGCCGGCGACUCCACCACCUGGCCCUACGGCUCCGUCACCACCGACGUAACCUUCGAAAUUACUGACACGGAACUCGUCACCACCGCCACAACCUCCGGCGUUACCCUCGACAGCGACACGCUCUUCUACAUCCGUCCGACCGAAGACGAGAUCACCGAGGUCGGCUUCACCGGCAACGGCUACACGACCCCCUCCGACGCGGCGACCGACAGAUUCCUCUUCUAUGGCUCGUGGCUGAUGUGGGAGGAGGAUUCGGGUAUUCUCACCGAUAGCUUCCGCCUCAAGGAGACGAACGUGUCUGGAGUUUACCAGUUUUACUUUGACUACUCGAACUUGGAUCCGAGCGGAUACGAGCUCCCAAGUGUCAUGGAUAAGGCUGGCUAGAUGGUUUGAUUUUGAGAAACUCGGAUUGUGGGUGGAUGGUUAGCGGGCUAGGGUUUUGCGUUCAGGCUGUUGUGCUGUACUCGAUGCUAGGCUCGGGUGUUGAUCGGUGAUUGGUGGGUGAGAGUUGCUCUGUCGAGUGGAUUGCGGGGUAUCUCGAUGGGAGGUUGCUAAGGAGCUGGGAGCUACUUGGCAAAUCUGCCGUAGCUAGGUCUGUAGGGUUAGGGUAACACUGAGUAUACGAUGCUCCUAUAGUUAGCACGCACAUUCACCGACCUAUGGCAGACGCUAGAGUACAAUCCCUACGGAAC